AUAUUCUUUCUUAUUCUCCAUUCGUAUCUUUGUUCCGUUUGGAGACAGUAAAAUGGAUAAGUUCAAUAAUCAAAUUGGAUUUCUGGUCUUAAAAGAGGAUGGGGCUGUUCUGGAAUCUGGUGGAGAGCUGGAGAAUGAUGAAAGAAGUGCCAACAUAUUCCUGGAUCUGGUUAAUUUGACAGAAAGUGUGGACGAGAGUUUUAUGCCAAAUAAUAGUUGCGAAAGGAUUUCAAUUGUCUACGAAGACCAUUCGUAUAACAUUUGCUUGUCUAACAGACGCAUUUACAUUGUCAAGUUGCGCAACGGUGGUGCUGCUGCAGCCACAAAUCGUUCAGGUGGUCUGGGAAUGUCUUCAAACAAUGGCGUCGGUGUGUAUGUCGAUGGAACAGACGGAAACAUGAGUUCAACGGCGGUGCUAACUUGAGAAUCCUCAAGCACUGUCUGUUGCGUUUUCUGCGCCCAUAGCUUUCGCCAGCGCAGUCCCAGGGACAGUGCUUGCCUCCCCACAGAUACUACAAAGGACCGUUCCCGUAGAUUUAAUUGGAAAACGCCCUUCAUUUAUUUAAUUAUAUUGUUUAUUUGUCAGAGAAUACACCAUCUUUAAUGUCUUGAUCAAA